AGAUCAAACCAUAAAGAAAGCAGGAAGCCCGAGUUGAGCAGCUUCUGCGCUGUCAAAAAUAGUUACAUAUUUUCAACAAUUUCGUGAAAAAAAGUGAAUUUUCCAUUGAAUUUCCGUCGCUAAACUGCUGCCGACGUCGGACCGCAAUGAAUCCGAACGAAGUGGUGUACGUGGGAAACGUGCCCAAGCCGGCGACCGCGGACGAGCUGACGGAAUUCUUCAAAGAUGUCGGCAAGGUAAUCAAGGUGUCGUUUAUGCGUGAAAAUCGCAAUGACUGCCGGACCAAGAUUGGCUUCGUCCUUUUCGAGAACGAGAUGCAAGCGAUGAAGGCCUGCAGCUACGACCAAACCAUUUUCCAGUGGAACCGGGUCAUUGUGAUGCUGGUCAACGAUGAGCGCCAUUUUUGGGCCGGCCAUACGGUGGUGGUGCGGAACAUUGCCUACGAAACCAGCGAAGAAGAUUUGUAUGAGAACUUCGGACGUUAUGGGAUGAUCGAGAGCGUUCAGGUUCCGACCAGCAACUUUGCGUACAUCGGGUUCAAGGAGAAAUCGGCGGCACACGCGGCCCAGCGACUCAACAAUACGAUGUUGGGACCGAGCAAAAUAACCGUCCAGGUUCUGCAGCGGAACGUCCGCGUACGUUUGGAGGACUUUGACAGUUUUAAGACACCGCGCGUAUUCAACGAGUUGAUGGAGGCCAAAGCAAAGUACAAUUUCAUGCAGGAUGCGGCGAACGGUUCCGCCGCGGUGACCAGCUCGCACUAUCGGGACUACGACGAGGAAGAGGAUGAGGACGAAGACGAGGACAACCGGGUGUACGAUCCGGUUACGAAUCGAUUCUACGACAAACCCAAGCCUCCGGGACAAAGUUCGAUGCCGCAGGUUCAGUCCAUGUCACGCAAUCGGUACGCGGAUGAGGAAGAUGACGACGACGACGAUGUUGUAAUGCCACCCAAGAUCCAGUGGCAGAAGGAACCGGUAACCGUGGAUUUGGUCUCGCCAAAUCCGUCCCCGGAGCCGGACCUGUUCGACACCGUGCGGACCGCACCGGAAGAUGACGAAGGCAGCGAGAUACGACGGCGUCAUCUGGAGUUUAGCAAGGUUCCCGUGUGCGGAAUCGCUUCUGUCGUAAAUGCAGCGAUCCGGGUUGAAAACAUACCACGGGAAGUUGUUGACGAGGACGUCAUAAAGUACUUUGAUCAGUUUGGCCACAUCUUGAGCAUGGAAAUCGGCGCUCCGACGCGCUGUCUUUUCACCAAGAACUAUACGAUCGUGUUCAUGCAGGAGAGCGUCGCUGAGCGAGUUCUCGAUUGCUUCAUGCGCAAGUGUGAGUUCUCUGGCGUAGUCACGACCAUGUUCACGAUGCGCGUAGACGAGGUCGUGCACGACGAUCCCAGUCGGUGCGUUCUAGUUGAUUACAUCUCCAAUAGCAUUACCUUCGAGGACAUUGUAGACGCGUUCCGUAACAUCGGUGAGGUAAUUUAUGUUAAGAAAACAGUACGUAACACAACCCCGACGGUUGUGCACUUCCGGAACCGGGUUUCGAUCGAUCGUGCCAAACAGGUUACGAAAAUUGACGGCGAUACGGUGCGCGUUGUGUCGUUCAGUCAGGACGCGUUCAAAACGUUCACCAACGAUUACUGGAAGUUGAAGAACGCCAGCACGCCGUACUCGAAGAAACCGCUCAAAAACGUCCGAAUGAUGGACAUUGAGAUGAAGGAAGCGACGGAGAAGAGUAACUACAUGAUUAUCAAAACCGUGUUCAAUCCGACCUAUCGGAAUCCGGAGCCGACGAGGAUUAAGAAUGAAGUCGUCAUCUACAACUGUCCGACGCGCACCACCCUCAAGGACCUGCGGCGGCACUUUAUCAACGUGGCUUUCGUGACCGAGAUGCGGUACGAGCAGUCCCCGUACGACACCAACACGUGGAAGGUCUUCGCCAGCUUCGCGACCUUCAUCGACGCGUUCAACGCGGUCCGACUGAAGGGUAUGUUUCAGCAGUACCCGAUCUUCAAGCACAUGGCGACGGACAAACCGAAGCUGGAUGCGCCGGAAGCGAUCCAGAUUGAGAUGUCGAUAGACGAUAUUUCGGUGACGAAAAUGUACAACUGCUUGGUUAGUCACGGUGGGAUCACGUUCGUGGAUAAGGUAGAUCACAAUAAGUUUAUUGCGAUCUGCCGGGAGCCGAAAGUGGCCAAGAAAGUAGUGCUGGUGAAGACGAUGGCCCGUUUUAGCUGCAAUGUUGUGUGUAAGUUUUACUUGAAUGAUCUGCGAGAAGUUUAUGUAUUAACCGUUUUACUUUCGUUAGUAUACCGGGACAUUCUGAAUAACCAGAAUGCUCAGGCGGAAAAGGCCAGACAGGCGGAGUCCGCGUCCCAGCAGUCGAUUUCGUUGGAUGGAAUCUUUUCGAUUAAGAAUCGACCGUUUGGCGGUGGCAAAGGCCGUAACGAGGACUCUAACCCCGAUGGGUGGGACAUUCCAGGACGCAGAUCGGUGGGAAUGGAUCUUACCGAUGAUCUGCCGAGUUUUCCAGCCCUGGCAGCUCAACAGCCGGGGCCGCCGGGUUGCGAUGAAGAACAGUUUCACUCGAAUCCGUUGACAUACGUCAACCCACCGGCUCCGGUAGCGAUGCCAAUGUACGGCAUCGUUCCACCUAGGCCAACGUUCGCACCAGGAUGGGCUACCGGCGGUCCGAUGCACGCCGCUCCUCCGACGAUUGUGCCACCUCCGGCGAAUAGAAGCGUAUUCAUGGCUCAACCAAUCGUUGCGCCAAUGUCGCACGGUAUAUUUGGAGGACCCGUUCAAAUUCCAAUCCCAAAUAUAACCGUUCACCAGAUUCCACCGCAGCCAGCUAUUCCAGGUUCGGUUCCCAAGAAGGGUGAUCUGCGAAACUACCUUGCGGAGAAGCGAAACACACGCUGGAGCAAGCCUGAAACACCGUACGACCCGACGAAUGACUUUGACCGCCAAAUCGACAAUCUCAGCCCCAGCAAGCCAAAAUCCAACCUGGAGAUUGAGAAAAUGGAAGAAUACAUCCGAGAAAAGGAGCGUGAAAUUGAGCGACGACUACAGCAACUGGACCGCCAGGACAAGAAUCUGUCCUCCGUCGGAAACGGCCGCCGAAGUCGAUCCAGCAGAAGUCGAUCGCGAAGCAACUCCCGUGGAAGAUCACGCGAACGAUCUCGCCGGAGAUCCCGUUCCUACUCUCCAACGGAUCGAGCGGCACGCGUUCGGCUGGACGAAAUCUCCAAGGAAAAGAUCGAGGUAAGUCGGCAGCUGCAGGACAUGCGCAAGGCGAACCUCCCAAACUACCGCCAAACGGCCAAGUUUGUCCAGCUUUGCGAGAUGCAAUCGCGGCUGGACAAGGAAACUGUUGAUAUCAAGCGUCAACUGGAGGCCAAAAAGCUUUGGCUAGCGGAACGGGCCCGUUCACUGGAACGCGAACAGGGAGGACAUCCCCAGCAGCAGCCGCAGCACGGUAACCGAUUCGCACGGGCUGGCAAUCGGAACAACCGCAGCCAUAGCUCGUCCCGCAGCAGCUCCCGCGGUCGUCGACGCUCAUCCCGUAGCAGCUCGCGAGGACGUUCGUACGAUCACCGCCGAAGGAACUCCCGCUCCAGGUCGAACGAUCGCUUCGCCCCACGUCGCAUCUACCGCUGCAAGCGCCGUCCGGAAUCCCUCAUGCGAGAGAUGCGUACUCUCGGACGUCGUCACGAGUCCAAAGCGGAUCAAAGUGUAUUUGUCGGUAACAUCGCAACCGGCGUGCGCAACGAAGAAAUGCGGGCACUCUUUAGCCGGUACGGCCGGAUCGUCGGGUUCGAUGUAAGCUCGCGUGUAAAGUGCGACGAGGUUUACAUCGACUUCCACCAGCGUGAGGACGCCUUCAAGGCGCUGGAGAUGAACAAAGUCAAGAUGUGCGGCCGGCGUUUGCGGGUCGCGCUCAACUGUCGCAAACCCGCCAACCGACAGGGCUACACCGUCAUCGUGGAGAUGCCAGAACCCGUCCCCGAGCGCGAUCUGUACGACACGUUCGAGAGUUGUGGUCCGAUUGAGUUUGUCUGGAACUACGAUCAAGCGACCGUAGCGACCAUUACCUUUGAAAGGCCGGAAGCCAUGAUGAAGGCACUGAAGGUGAAAGAACUUUCCACUAAAGUGCAGAUUAUUGUUCGCGAGUACGUCGAGAGUGAGCGUUAGCGUUAGCGGAGGAUGAAGCUCACACGCACUAAUUAUACAUAGAACACUGAAAAAAGGACCGCAUGUGGUAACACUUUUAUCAUCAACGUAAGUAUGUUUGCUCUUAUCUUUGUGUCUCUCAAGCCCAACUUGAGAAUUUCAGCUGACAGUAUCCGUUCAUGAGUGGAAAAUAAAUUCUGAACUUAAUGGUGAAGUUUAAAA